GAUGAUAUUGAUUACAAGUCUCGGGUGAUCAGUGUGUCGUAUAACCUAGAUGCCUGCCUUCCCAGAAUAGCUCUGUUACCCAAUUACUCCAGUACCUUCUCAUUCUCUCCCUUCCAAUAUUAUGAAGAUUACCCACCAUAUUACUUAAGCAACUUCACUUUACUCAAUUGUUCACAUUCCAAGCUCAGAUCGGAUACAUCAUCAAUGUCUUCGCUCUAUCUAUUCUCUUGCCUCAACUCCUCCACCCACCAAGUUUAUGGUUUGGAGGAUGACACUAACAUUGCUGAAGAGCCCCUUUCAAACUACACGAAGAUUGGUACCACCCUUCCAUCAAUCAUCAGUUAUAUAUUCCACUACGGUUUUAGUCUCAAAUGGGCAGAACCAAAAUGCGAGGAAUGCAGAUUGAUGAAGAACUCCUCAUGUCAUAAACCCAAACAUAAAUUAGGUGAUGUCGCAAAGCUAGAGACUGCAGGCAUAAUCUUAGGUUCAUUUGCUCUUCUACUAAUUGCAAUUGGUGUUUACUAUGUCCAUAGCAUAGAAAGAACAGAAAGAGAGCAUAGAGCCAGGGUUGAGAAAUUUUUGGAGGACUAUAGAGCUCUUAAACCCACACGAUACUCUUAUGCUGACAUUAAGAAGAUCACCCACCAAUUUAAGGACAAGUUGGGUGAAGGAGGUUAUGGAGCUGUAUUCAAAGGAAAGCUUUCCAAUAAAAUUCUUGUCGCUGUGAAAAUCCUCAACGUUACCCAUGGAAAUGGUGAAGAGUUCCUCAAUGAAGUGGGAACCAUGGAAAGAAUCCACCAUGUCAAUGUGGUUCGCCUCGUGGGCUUUUUGUGCCGAUGGAUUUAGAAGAGCUCUUGUGUAUGAAUUCUUACCGAAUGAAUCGCUUGAGAAGUUCAUAUUUUUAGAAAACCUUAAGAAGUCUCUUGGUUGGAAGAAGCUUAAAGACAUUUCUCUUGGCAUAGCUAAAGGAAUUGGAUAUUUGCAUCAAGGGUGCAACCAACGAAUCCUCCACUUCGAUAUCAAACCCCAUAAUAUCUUGCUGGACCAAAACUUCAACCCAAAGAUCUCCGAUUUUGGUUUGGCUAAGUUGUGCUCUAAAGAACAAAGUGUUAUAUCUCUCACCAGUGCUGGUCCUAGAGGAACAUUGGGCUAUAUUGCUCCUGAAGUGUUCUCUAGAAAUUUUGGGAGCAUCUCGCACAAAUAAGAUGUCUAUAGUUUUGGAAUGUUGUUGCUUAAUAUGGUUGAAAGGAGUAAAAAUACAGAAGAGAACGGCAGUCAAGGGUAUUUUCCAGAUUGGAUUUAUAAUCAGCUAGAACGAGGAGAAGCUAUAGGAAGUGGGAUCGAUAGCGGUGGAGAUGCGAAUAUUGCAAAACAACUAACAAUUGUAGGUCUUUGGUGCAUUCAAUGGUAUCUAGUGGAUCGACCAUCAAUAAAAGUUGUGGUACAAUUGCUAGAAGGAGAAGGUGGCAGUCUGAUCAUGCCGCCAAAUCCUUUUGGUUCUACAAGUCCAAUGACAGCAAGUUCAGCAAAGCAAAAAAGUACUUUCGACAUAGAAUUACCAACUAUUUCUGAAUCAAAGUCAGGAAAUUAAUUUAGUAUACUAAUAUUAUGAAUUUUAUAGGAGACAAGAGACAUCCAACGUCAUGUUGCUUUACUUUACCUUUGGAUUAUAAGUGUUUUAAGCUAAAUCUAGUGGAAUUGUAUCAGCUCUGUUUGCA